CAUUCAAUGUUUGUCCUACCCAGAUCGUCUCUUCAUAUUUUAUUUACUUCCUGUUUUGAAAAAUCAGUAUAAUUUUGUUGUCACUUAUAAGUCUAACAUGUCUUUGCUAAAGAGAGAUUGGAAAUUUAUUGACGAACAUGCGCGAAUGGCAACAGAGAAGGAUGCGAAGUCGUUCGACUCCCUGGUAGCGUACCUGAACAAACCAAUAGCAAGGAACCCGGACAGGGACAUCUUCAUGACCAGGGCGUUACUGUACUGGUUGAAGUGUAAUCUUGAAGCGUCCAAAGCCGGGAACCACCCGAGAGAUACUCCCCUGUACGUGGCGAAGAAAAUGGCGAAUGAGGAGGCAGCGUAUGCUGAUUCAUUCAAACGUUUUUGCGAGAAGGCAGGGAUUGAUUGUCACGUGGUAGAGGGCGUGGCGAAGACGGGCCAAUACAAGCCCGGUGAUCUGACCGUGGAUGCGGAGAAAAUGCGGGCCCGCUGGAACAAAGUGUUCUUGCUCGGGAAAUUCUGGCCCGUCAACCCGCGCUACAUCCUCCGGUCAAAACGCCGGGACGCUGAAGGGAAGAUUGUGGAAGGGCUGUUCAACGAGUACUGGUUUCUCACUGACCCAGAAAUAUUCAUUCACCACUGUCUGCCGACCAACCCGGAGGACCAGAUGUUGACGGUUUCAAAAAGGAUCAAGAAUGAGCGACAGUUCAUGAAGCUGCCCUCUUUGACCCCAGCCUUCCACGACUAUGGACUCCGUUUAACUAGCGAGAACCAGUGUAUGAUAGAAGCCAUUGACGGCCUAUGCAAGGUCUCCUUUAAAGCCGAGCGGAACGUGGCGAAGAAUUUGGUCUGCGGUUUUGUGAAAGCUGACAUGCGGAGAGUACUGGAUCUGAAAGGAACGGAAAAUAAGGAUGUAACUGCAGAAUUUAAGGACAUAGAUACUGCCCUCUUGGUAUUUUGCGCCAGGAAAAAGAAUAAUUUCUUGUUUGAAGUUAGGUGUCCAGUGGAAAUGGCGGCCUACAAUCUCACCAUCGAGGGAGGGAACGUUGGAGAAAACCAAAAACAUGCCCUGGUCAAAACCCGAAUUAUAUGUCGGGAGAAGAUGGAACACUUUAAACCUUUUCCUGCCAACCCAGGGAACAUCGGCUGGGGAUUCGGACCACUAGCUACCAGGGUGGGACUGAAGAAACCGAGCAAGAAGGACCCGAAGUUUGUCCUGAAUAAAGGGAGCAUUAAGAUUGAGUUUGAGGUUGACGCGGACAAGGCGAGGAAGAGAGAGUUUACAGCCGCCAUGUCUGGGGAGGGAAAGUCUGCUUUAGAUCUGAAAGAAUGUGCGCACGUGACCAGCAGUAGUGGUAAAUUGUCGGUGGAAGUCCGGGCCCCACCCACGGCCGGCGAGUAUGUUCUCACCGUCUUGGCCUCCGGAGAGCCCGUCUGUAACUAUCUUAUUACCACGCUAGAGGACGCCGAAAAACUUGAGGACGAGUACUACGAUUCGUCGGACGGGACGUCAGAUGUGGACGAUCAGAUUGAUGUCCUGGAGUCACAGCUGUCGGAUCUGACGGCCAAGCGGGACCGCCUCCGCGCGCUUGUGCAGCAGCAAACCGGCACCGGAAGGAAGUGAUGGGGCUGUGGAAGUGGGAUUCAGGGAUGCGCCGGUCGACAAAAGAAGAGAAACAGCGCUAGUGUGGUUUUGAAGCGCGAUAUGGUUGUUCCUGGAUGAGAUAGUUUGAAUGAUAGUUUGAAUGACUGCAUGUGAUAGUAUUGCUUUGUAUACUAAAAUUUGUGUUAAAUUUCGACAGGAAAACGUAACAGAUGGAAUCGUAUAAGUUCAUUUUUACUUUAGUUUAGUGACAAGGACGUCGCAAACGGUAUUGAGAAAUUAUUCUUACUCAGUACGUUGACGUUGACUAUUAAUGAGGUUUUGCUAACCUGACAUUCAGCUAUCAAAAUUUUACUUAAACAUUCCCGAAGGCCUUUUAUUUUUUAUUGUUUGUUUAACGAACCGCCGUGACUGAAUAUGAUGGCAUGGAGGAGGAAAUAAAAUAAAAUUUCAAAAUCUU